AUAGCCUCCUCAUAUACUACAUAUUUGAUCAUUGGAAAAAUGGGUGGAAAUUCUCCUUGUGCUUCAUGCAAGCUGUUGAGGCGAAGAUGCGCCAAGGAUUGCAUCUUUGCUCCCUUCUUCCCUUCCGAUGAUCCUCAAAAGUUUGCCAUCGUUCACAAGGUUUUCGGAGCUAGCAACGUUAGCAAGAUGUUGCAGGAGGUCCCAUUUCAUCAGAGAUCAGACGCAGUGAGCAGCCUCGUGUACGAAGCCAACGCUCGGAUGCGGGACCCGGUCUACGGCUGUGUGGGGGCCAUCACCUUCCUCCAGAACCAAGUCUCUCAGCUGCAGAUGCAGCUAGCCAUUGCUCAGGCUGAGAUCCUGUGCAUUCAGAUGCAGCAGGAUCAGCACACGGCGAACGAUCCCGAUCAGUUGGGCUUUGAAGAAGAAGAAGAAAAGUGUUUCCUCUUGCAUGAUAAUGGCUUCAGUGUAGCUCAGGUUCAGGAGACUCUCAAGAGAGAAUCACUUUGGACGUAGAUUUUUUUUUUUUAAAUCUUUUGGUGAAGAAUUAAUUAGUAGUUUAUAUAAAUAUAUGGGCUACAUAUACGACUACUGAACUAUAGAAGGGUUAAUUAGUCGCUUAUUAACUUCGAAUUUAUUUACCUGCAAGACAUUUGAGGAUCUCUCUCCAUAAUAUAUGGACUUCAUUUAUAUAUCAGAAGAAUGUGAUCGAGGGGUACAAAUAACUGAAAAGUAACUUCCUUUCGAAAUCAGAGGGUCAAAGUGCUAAUAAUUUUUUUUUAGAACUAGCAAGUGAAUAAAUCUUCUACGAUACAGAAGUUGUUUCUGUAAUUAACACUAAACUUAUUGAUAUAUUUUUGAUGAACUCGGUAGAAUGUUAAACGGAGAGUUGGA